GAGCAUGGGCUUGCGUUGACCCAAGUGAACACACCCAUCUCUCUCUUUUCUUCUUCCUUUUCUUAAACACGACUCACGGAUCUCAAAGAUGAGUUCCUGCACGAGAGUCUGACCCAGUUCUGCAUCAUUCGCGAUGUCUCGGUCAGCCCUGUCCUAGAUGGAAACAUGGGCGACAGGCGCGAGAGAGGCGCCGUGACGCGCAGGCGGAGAACCGUGACGAUCUGCAGCGAAGCCGCAGCGGCGGGCGCGAGCUCGAAACGCACGGACAGGCGCGAGCAGAGCGGCGGUGACACCUCCCGCAACGCGAUCGCCAGCUGCGAGCACGUGCACGAGACGGCCAAGAGCAAAGAGGAUGGCCUUAAGGACAAGAUCAGCUGCCAUCGGCUCCAGGAGUCACUGCUCAGCUCGGAGAGCGGCUACAGCAACUACAGAGGAAUCCUCAACUGGUGUGUGGUCAUGCUGGUUUUGUCCAAUGCACGCCUUUUCCUGGAGAACCUCAUAAAAUAUGGCAUACUCGUGGACCCCAUCCAGGUGGUCUCCCUCUUCUUGAAGGACCCAUACAGCUGGCCUGCUGCAUGCCUUAUCAUUGCAUCUAACGCGUUUAUCAUGGCAGCUCUACACACGGAAAGACAGCUGGCGAUGGGCAGAAUCUCAGAGAGCGCUGGGACUUUCCUUUACUGCAUCAAUCUCAUGGCUGUUUUGUGCUUUCCAUCAGCCACCGUCCACACACUGACCUCUAUGACCCCAGUGGGUGGAAUCAUUGCACUAUUAGUAUACACAGUCCUCUUUCUGAAGCUCUACUCCUACAGGGAUGUGAAUAAAUGGUGCCGGGAAAUCAGACACGCCCAAGCCCGAAAACUGUCUCGCUCCAACUCCUGUCCGUCUGUGCAGAGAGCCAACGGGAACGCGGCACACAGUCAUGUGACCUACCCGGGCAAUCUCACCCACAGAGACAUGUAUUAUUUCAUUUUUGCCCCAACGCUGUGCUACGAGCUGAACUUCCCCCGGUCCCCACGGAUACGGAAGCGCUUCCUGCUCAGGAGACUUUUUGAAAUGCUCUUUUUGAUGCAGUUACAAGUCGGCUUGAUACAGCAGUGGAUGGUGCCAACUAUCCAGAACUCCAUGAAGCCUUUUCAGGACAUGGACUUGUCCAGGAUGGUGGAGCGCCUCCUGAAGCUUGCUGUGCCUAAUCAUUUAAUAUGGCUCAUCUUUUUUUACUGGUUAUUCCACUCCUCCAUGAACUUUGUCGCUGAACUGAUGCAGUUUGGAGACCGAGAAUUUUAUCGAGACUGGUGGAACUCGGAAACAGUGCCAUAUUUCUGGUCAAACUGGAACAUCCCUGUCCAUAAGUGGUGCCUGCGGCACUUUUAUAAGCCCAUGUUGAGAAGAGGUUUGAACAGGCUGACAGCUCAGAUCGCCGUGUUUUUUCUCUCCGCUUUCUUUCACGAGUACCUGGUGAGCGUGCCUCUGAAGAUGUUCCGGCUUUGGGCGUUCAUGGGAAUGAUGGCUCAGAUUCCGCUUGCCAUGUUCGUGGGCCGCUUCCUGAGAGGUAACUACGGCAACGCGGCGGUGUGGAUCUCUCUGAUCAUCGGUCAGCCCAUUGCUGUGCUCAUGUACGUCCAUGAUUACUAUGUGCUUCAUUAUGGAAGUGCGACAGAAGGCGGGGCUUCACCACCAUAAGCAAUAUGCUGAAUUUAAAAAAAAAAAAAAAAAAAAAACACAACCCCUAAAACGAUUUUUCAAGAUUUUUAAGGAUCCUCUGCUAAUGUUCUUUAAAAGCGCAGAGAGAGACAGAUAGACAGACAGAAAAGGAAAGAGAUAUUGAGAAAGAAACAGGGAGGAGGGGGGGAGAGAGAAAGACAUGGAAAGAGAAAGAGAGAGAGAGACACUGCCCAAAGCAUCAGCAUUAAAUUGCCCUGAAGCUCACACACUCGAGCUUACACCAUGACCAUUUUUUCCCCUUCUUGCUUUUCAAUUCUGUUUCAUGAACAUUCUAUAAACAGUAUACGCACUUUGUGAUAUGUACACAUACUGUUUCAUUCAGCUUCUAUAUGUAUAGUUUCGCUUCCUUUACAUAGUAAAGCCAUUUAGCUUUUUGCACUUUAUCUACAACGCAUGCAUUUCCAGAACCUCGCAGAGUUUCUUCAUCAGUUAUUAUUUAGCAAAUCAUAUACAAAUUAAUUACAGUUCAAAUGAAUGUGUAUUAUUUGAAAAAAAAAAAAAAGAUUGUAACCAUUGUUUAUCCUUAGAAACAGUGUUAAGCCAAUUGAUUCCUGUUAAAGUGUUCUACAUUUUAAUUUCAGUUCAGAUUUGAAUGAAUGUGCUGUUGUACUUUCAAGUGACUGGACCAGUAUUGAGGUACUUUCAAAUCCUUUUGACCCAAAGAUGUGAAUUCCAUGAAUUACUUUGUAAUAGACUUUCAUUGAAUGGCUGAAAGAUGAUAUACAAAUCAAAGUAUUUCUAUUCCAGACUUUUCCAUGUAAUUACAUUUUUGAUACAGAUUUGGUUUUAUAAGGAGGUUUAUUUUAGUGACAGGUGCCAAAAAAAAAGAAAAAAAAGAAAAAUCUAUAAAACGCACAAUUUCCGCCCACAACCUUUAACAUAAUGAUGUACAGAUCAUUGCUACGUUCCUACGUACGUUCCGACGUAUUGUGGCAGCUGAAGUUCCGGUUAAGAAAAUAAAGCUGGUCAAGCCAA